AUGCAUUUAUUAAAUCAACGAAAUCAACAACCGCAACAGCCGCAACAACCACAGUUACCAUUACAAGCACAAGAACCAUUACAAUCUCAAGAGUCAUUACAAGCACAGCAACCAUUACAACCACAACAAAUAGAUUGGUUAGCAUUAGAAGAAGAUAAAGAAAAUGUGGCUUUUGUUGCACAACAACAACAACAGCUGGUGGAAUUGACGUAUGAACAACAGAGACUGUAUUAUAUUCAAAAAUAUGAAGAAUUUAUUAAUUAUUCAGACCGUUAUUAUGCAAUUGCCCAAUAUGUUCCGCUUGAUCAUCUAAUGAAUGAAGAAGAAUGUCGAAGUCCUGAACCUCAUAUCCUGCUUUUUAAACGAGAAAGAGAUUUUCAAAAGAAGUAUCCACAACCAGAACCGGAGCCUGGAGUACGUGUACCAUUAAAACCAGUAAAUUUAUUAAAACCAGUAAAUCCAACAAUUAUUUCAACUAUUCGUAGUAAGAUCCCUGGUCAUAUUCCAAGGCAAGUUGGUUUUUUACGUCAAUAUGCCACUACUACUGUGAAAAAAACAAAACCUGAUCCGAAAAAAAAGUCUACUGUAAGAAGUGUUAAAAUUGUUAAAGGCGUUAGAAGUGUUAAAGGAGUUAAAAGUGUUAAAAGCAAACCUAAAGUUACUGUAAAAAAGAAGCCCGUUAAAGUCGCACCUAAAAAAAAGAUUAAAGCUAAGAUUUGGAAUCAAAGAUAUCAAGAAGCGAAAGCUAAAUAUCUUAUAGAUUUUAAAAAUUGGCAGGAAUCUUUAACACCAGAGCAAUAUCGUCUGGAGAACAGACGUCGUAGAUUACUUAGUAAAAAAAAGGGCAAGAAAGUUUCACUUUUAAAGGAUCCUAAGGCACCAAAAAAACCAAAGACUCCAUACAUGUUAUUUUUAACUAGUGUUAUGGAUGAUUUUCGAGAUCUUAAAGUUACUGAACGUAGUAAGGAAGCUGCAAAAAGAUGGAAUGAGUUGAAACCUGAAGAUAAAAAGCCGUACGAAGAACUUUAUCUUAAAGAUCAAGCGCGUUAUAAAGCCGAAGCUGAAAAAUAUAAAAAAUUAUAUGCAUAA